UGUAUGUGAUAGAGUGAUUACGUUUCAAGGUCUUACUUAUGCGCAUGUUUUAUAAAAUAAUUAAAUUCGCCUGAAUAAAAGUUAGUAGUCUCACCGAUUGAUGUUGUAUCGUGUGUUACGUCAUUUCUCCAGUUAUAUUAAUAAAAUGAUACCUGAAGUAGUCUUCGUGCUCGGAGCACCCGGUGCCGGUAAAGGAACACAAUGCUCAUUUAUCUCUAAAGAAUACGAUUUUGUGCAUCUCUCUGCGGGCGAUUUGCUUCGGGAGGAGCGCCAGAGGCCAGGCUCCGAGUACGGAGAAAUGAUCGAGCAGAAAAUUCGCAACGGCGAAAUUGUACCGGUCGAGGUUACAUGCUCUUUGUUACACAAGGCGAUGCAGAACUCUGGCAAGACACGCUUCCUGAUCGAUGGAUUCCCACGUAACAAGGACAACUUGGACGGUUGGAACCGUGUAAUGUCAGAUAAAACGAAGCUUUUGUUUGUACUCUUCUUUGAAUGUUCGAGAGAUUUAUGCACGGAGAGGUGUUUGGGGCGCGGCGCUGCAGGCAGUGGUCGGUCCGAUGACAACCUAGAAAGCCUCCAGAAGAGAUUUAACACGUAUUUAAAUGCUACCAUGCCAAUAAUUGAGUUCUAUGAGCAACAAGGGUUAGUACGUAAGAUCAAUGCUGAAGUAGCACCUGAAGAAGUCUUUAAAAAUGUGAAGAAGGCCUUUGAGAGUAGCGGUAUACAGAUAGUAAAUUAAAUUAAUUUAUUGUAGUCAAUAUAGUGUAAUUAGUUCUGUAAAUUGUCUGAACCCAUGACAGUAAUGUCUUCUCUGUACCUAUAUAAAAUUUAUGAGCUUUAAGUCAUUGUAAGUAGUAAGUAAUUGUGUAAAAGUACAGGUGAUUGAUUUUAGACGAUUGUAGAUUAAAAAUAUUGUUGUAAGUAUGUGGUUGUUGAUAGAAUGAUAGUCUUAUCAUGUGGCCUAUCUAAGCCACACCCAGUUCAACCUGUAUUGAUAACUUAAAUGGUAUCAUUAGUGUAAUUACCUUGAAUAACCUCUAAUCUAAAUGCAUUCAGACAUUAUCACAUGACUUGCUAUAUUUAGCACUACAAUAACAUCUAGAAUCUUCCUUAUAAAGUAUACAUAUGUGGCAAGUGUUAUAGACACAUUCAUGAUAUGUAAAGUAAUAAUUACACUGCUUAAUUCAAUAUAUUUCAAUUGAAACAAAUUUUUAUUAAUGAGCCACAUUAGAAAUAAGAAGCAAAGCUUAUUUUAUAAUUAUGACCAUGAAUAUCAUGAAUAAAAUUUUAAUUAAGGGAUAUUGUGAAAUAUCAGAAUAUUUAUUAUGUAUGUAAAUGGUUGCAUAUUAGGUUGUGUAUAGAGUAUGGUUUCUAUUGAAUGUAUACAUGUGAUAAUACAUAUUUUAUUCAAAACACAUAAUGACUGUUUACUUAUCAUACCUGGUAUUACAAACAAAAUGUAUGUAAGUAUAGGGGAUCAUUGAAAAUUAAAUCAUUAGACUUGUUCUAUACAUUAUCAUGUAAAAAAUAAAGGUUUCCAAUUUCUGGUUUUAAGUAAAUGAUUUAAUCCACAAA